CCUGGAGGCUGGGGGCGCCACUGGCGGAAUUUAAAAACAAACAUAUUAAGGGAAGGAAGAACAAAAAAAGGUGAAGCAGCUGAUUUCGGGUCUUCGAGUUCUUUCGCUUUAGAACUUUCCCGAGGCUGCCCCGCCCCGCUCUGCUCCGCCCCGCUUCGUCCCGCUCCGCCCCGCCUCGCCCCGCUCCGCCUCCCCUCGCCUCCGCGGCGACGGCACUCGGGGCGGGCAGGUUCCUUGCUCGGGAGCGCGUGAGCGGCUGCGGCGUCGGCGGCGGCGGGAGCUGCGAGCUGCGAGCUGCGACACCGGGGAGCAGGCGGCGCUUGCACUUGUCAGGUCCUGAUGGAGCUUGAGUUUAGAACCCUCUUAUCCUCUUCUUCCUAUCACUUCUCCCCCACUGGGAGUAUGGAUCAGAAUUGGUUUUGGGUGUAGAAGCUCUCUCUCAUCAAAGUAAACUAAAAAUAUGUUUAAAGAGAGAGACUGGAAGAGACAGUGUGGAAAGAUACUCAACAUUGUUUACCCACUGUGAUAUUCCCUGGGUGUUACCUGUGGUGUUCCCAUGUUGUACUGAUUCCAACCCAGAGCCUCAAGCAUGGCCAAGAAGUUCAAAAGAAGAAAAAUUGCCUCGGUUUGUUUAGAACAUCAGUGAGCUAAAGCAUUUUGAAGUACCUUCCGUAAAGGAAACCUGGAUACAGUAACCUCACAGACAUAGCUGAUGAUUUUUGGUCACUGCAACUCUGUUGCUCAAUACUUGAACCUGUUUGGAAUUUUUCUCAUGUGGCUCUAAGAGGAAUGCUUUAUUAUGGCUACUGUUGUCCAACAGAACGAUUUGGUAUUUGAAUUUGCUAGUAACGUCAUGGAGGAUGAACAGCAGCUUGUUGACCCAGCUAUUUUUCCUGCUGUAAUUGUGGAGCAUGUUCCUGGUGCUGAUAUUCUUAACAGUUAUGCAGGGUUAGCGUGUGUGGAAGAGCCCAAUGACAUGAUUACUGAGAGUUCCCUGGAUGUUGCUGAAGAAGAAAUUAUAGAUGAUGAUGAUGAUGAUGAUGAUGACAUCACCCUUACAGUUGAAGCAUCUUGUCAGGAUGAGGAUGAAACAAUUGAAACUAUUGAGGCUGCUGAGGCACUCCUCAAUAUGGAUUCCCCUGGCCCCAUGCUGGAUGAAAAGCGAAUAAAUAAUAAUAUUUUUAGUUCAUCUGAAGAUGACAUUGUUGUAGCCCCAGUCACCCAUGUAUCUGUCACACUAGAUGGAAUUCCUGAAGUGAUGGAAACUCAGCAGAUUCAAGAGACAUACACACACUCACCAGAAGCCUCAUCACCAGAACCACCUAAGAGAAAGAAAGGGAGAAAAAUUAAACCACCUCGACCAGAUUCCCCAGCCAAUACUCCAAACAUAUCUGUGAAGAAGAAAAACAAAGAUGGGAAGGGAAACACAAUUUAUCUGUGGGAAUUUUUACUGGCACUGCUUCAAGACAAAGCUACUUGUCCUAAAUAUAUUAAGUGGACCCAGCGAGAAAAAGGCAUUUUUAAAUUGGUAGAUUCUAAAGCAGUAUCCAGGUUGUGGGGGAAGCAUAAGAACAAGCCUGAUAUGAAUUAUGAGACCAUGGGAAGAGCUCUCAGGUACUAUUACCAGAGGGGCAUUCUGGCAAAAGUGGAAGGUCAGCGCUUGGUGUAUCAGUUUAAGGAAAUGCCAAAAGACCUUAUUUAUAUAGAUGAGGAGGAUCCAAGUUCCAGCAUAGAGUCUUCAGAUUCCUCACUGUCUUCUUCAGCUGCUUUAAGUAGAAACCAAGCCAGUCGGUCAAGAGUAUCUUCAAGUCCAGUGAUGAAGGGAGUCACUACAGUUUUAAAACCAGGGAAUUCUAAAGCUACGAAACCCAAAGAUCCUGUGGAAGUUUCACAGCCAUCAGAAGCUCUGAGGACAGUGCAGCCCCAACAGUCUCCAUAUCCUACCCAGCUCUUCCGGACUAUUCAUGUCGUGCAACCAGUACAAGCUGUUGCAGAAGGAGAAGCAACCAUAACCAAUAACAUGCAGGAUGAAACAGUAAAUUCUUCUGUUCAGAGUAUUAGUCUCAAUAGAACUAUACAGUCUCCAGCCCAAGUUCCAGUAGUUGUGUCUCCUGGGAAUCAGCAAUUGCAUACAGUAACACUCCAGACAGUGCCAAUCACAACAGUGAUAGCCAGCACUGAUCCAUCAUCAGGUGCUGGGUCUCAGAAAUUUAUUUUACAAGCCAUACCAUCAUCUCAGCCCAUGACAGUACUGAAAGAAAAUGUCAUGUUACAGUCACAGAAGCCAGGCUCUCCUCCUUCGAUCGUCUUUAGCCCUGCUCACGUACAGCAGGUCCUCACUAGCAACGUUCAGUCCGUUUGCAAUGGAACCGUCACUGUGGCUUCAUCUCCAUCCUUCAGUGCAACUACACCAGUGGUCACUUUUUCUCCUCGAAGUUCACAACUGCUUGCUCACCCACCUGGCACUGUAAUCACGUCAGUUAUCAAAGCUCAGGAAACAAAGACUCUUACACAAGAAGUAGAAAAAAAGGAGAUUGAAGAGAAUUUGAAAGAUGAUCUUGAAACAACUGAGCAACAGCCACAGCCUUAUGUGAUGGUUGUAUCGAAUCCCAAUGGCUUUACCUCUCAGGUGGCUAUGAAACAAAAUGAACUGCUGGAACCCAGUUCUUUUUAAUUAACAUAACAAAGGAAUGAUGGAUGAUUGCUUUUUUUUUUUAAUUGAACAGUUUCAGUUGUAUACAAACUAUCUAAUUGAGUCAAAGAAAGCUUCAACAGAAAUUCCUAAUUUUGUGGAUAUUUAAAAUAAUUUAGAAUUUUUGUUAGAUGAGAAAGGAAAACACAAGAAAGUUAUUUGUUUUCCAGUGUUUUGGAAUUCAUUUGUGAAGGAACAGGUAUUUUAUACUAUGAAGACAUUCUUUUGAGACUUUUUUUUUCAGUUGCUAUCUCAAGCAUUUUUAAAGUUUUUUUAAGUUUUACAUUGUAUUAACUUUUCUGAAUCUUUUGUAAAUAUAGUACUUAUAAGAAAACAGGAAGUUUAUAUAGGAACUAUGUUCAUUCCAUUUGUGUAAGUUUUGAACACUGAGUACAAGAUACUUAUUUUAUGCUUUGUCAAAACUAUGUUUUCACUUAGAUUGACUUUAGUUGGACGCACUGAAGAGUGACCUAUGAAUAUGUAAAAUAUAAUAUUAAAGGCUGAAAUCUGCCUGAGAUGGCUGAAUUUGUUUUAGGAAUCAGGAUUAUAUGAAAACAUCAGUUAAAAGAGUAGUUCUCCUGUUAACUAGUUUUAAAAUGUUGGGUAAGCCACUUGGACUUUUUUUUGGCUUCAAUUCUCUCAUAAAAGGAAUAGAUACAUUGGAUUACAUUAGAUUUCAAAUUUCCUUUCUAGUUCUUAAUAUUAUGAACUCCUAUAUUUUAGUUAUUAUACCAUUUAAAAACAUUAGAACUGGGUGGGGGUAUAAGAGACUUUCAUUCCUGAGGCUCUCAAGUCCCAGGUUCAAUCCCCCACACCGACAUAAGCCAAAGCUGAGCAGUACUCUGGUAAAAAAAAAAAAAAAAAAAAAAUACAGCUUAUUUCCUAAAAGAUACUGCAAAAAAAAAAAAAAAAAAGUGGCCACACAAAAUUCAUUCUUCUAUUACCUGUAAAAUAUCUAUGUUCAUUAGCCUUUUAUACCACUAUGUACUGUGGUUCAUAAAUUUAUGUUGCUGAGGGUUAAAGGAUAUACUGCUAUUCUGAAAGAGUCAAGGUUCUUUCAUAAGGGCCCAGAAAAGCAACCAUGCUUUGGGCUAGUUUGGCUGAGUAGGGAGUUGCUAUAAAGAACAUAAUUGCUUUAUAUUUUGGAUCUUUUUUUUUUUUAAUUGGGGGCAAAGGGGAGAAAUUGCAUACAAAGAA